AUGUCAGAUCUGUCAUUCAUUCUGAAUCUUCCUGAUAAGGAUAAAAUGGAAAUGGCUUAUGAGCUUGCUCAUAGUAUGUUCAAAGUUAACAAUAUUUUCUCCAUCAUUUCUGCUGGACGGGGUGAUGUCUGGCCCCUGGAAGUGAUAGGUGUCAACUCUUUGAAAGAGGUCAUGGAAAUACAUGGUUUUCCUUCUGAUCUGAAUGCUCACGUGACUGGUUUUGAGGGUUCCCUCGAGGAUGCAGAGAAGCGGUGUAAGACUUUUUAUGAUUCUGUUAAAGAGAAGACUCGUCAUAUGGAGGAGCAUCACAUGGCCUUUCUUUAG